AUGUCUGAGCACCAGCCCUCCCGUCCAGGCUGUUAUGUCGGUACACUUCUCGAAGUGGACCCACGGACUGGAAAGACAAGUAACCCAUUGAAUAUAUCCAGCAAUAACGAGAUAUACGUCGGUCGAGACCAGAAACGAUGCCAAUACAUUGUAGACGAUCCAUUCAUCUCAAACCGACACCUCCGAAUCUACACCAUCAUCUUCGACCAAGAGAAUCCCGACGAAGUCGCGCCGUUAGUAUACGCUCAGGAUAUCUCGCUGAACGGCACGUCGUGGAACAACUAUCCCAUGGGAAAGGGAAAUGGCAGCUUUCUCCUGAGUGACGGCGAUAUUCUGGAACUGUCCCCGAGGUUCCACCUUUUGUACCGGCGUGACGGUCACAGAGAAGAGGAUCACUUUGAUGUGCUGCAGAGAGUCGAGAUGAGGGUUUUCGAGGAUCAGUAUAAGAUUACACAGCGUAAAUUAGGAUCCGGCGCGUAUGGGCAGGUGCAUAUGGCGUUCAACAAAGAGACUGGUCAGCAGCUUGCAUGCAAGAUCGUUGAUCUCCGGACUUUGAAAGACAGGGUUAUUGAAGAGUUUGACGGUCAAAGAUCCAGGUUCUUUGAGAUGGAUACGGACCGCGUAGUUGCGGCGCGUGAACACAAUGGGUACAUCGCAAGGAAAAUCGAGGAGAAACUCGAAAUAUAUAACAGGGAAGCCAGAAUCCUGGCAAGGCUCUGCCACCCGAAUAUUAUUCGAGUGGAAAAGGUGAUCCGAUCAAGCAAUACAAUAUAUCUUUUCCAGGACCUCGUGACUGCUGGAGAUUUGUUCUCGUUCAUCCAAUACAAAGGUGGAAAGCUCGGUGACAUUGAAGCCGCCGUGAUCGUGAGACAGGUUCUGAUGGCCCUGGACUACCUCCAUGAACAGAAUAUUGUUCAUAGAGACCUGAAGCCGGACAACAUUCUCAUGACGUCCCUGGCGGAUGGGAGCAGAGUGGUGCUUACUGACUUUGGAUGUGCGAAGUUGGUACAGCCUCGGAUUGAAAGAAUGUCCACAAAAAUCGGCACGUAUGACUACAGUGCACCCGAAGUCCUUCGAUCCAGCCGACAAGGCUAUACAAAAGCCGUAGAUCUGUGGUCCCUGGGUUGUGUGACGACAGUGCUUCUGACUGGGGAACCUCCUUUCAGCACUCCCUCGCCCAAGCAGGAAAUCAGCCAGGACAAUCGACAGGGUUCCCUCGACAACCUCGAGGCGAAUUUGACCUGGAAUAAGAUUGGCAAGCGGGCGAAAGACUUUGUUCUUCGUCUCCUUGUCUUUGAUGAGACAGAGCGCAUGGAUGUGAAGCAAGCAUUGGAUCAUUGUUGGUUCACCAACCCUGCUCAUAAAGAGGCUUUCGAAGCGCUCUACAAGCGAUCAAUUAGGGACUGGAAGCCUCGAACGCCGAAGGAGCCACUGAUGGUCGAUCUCCGUGAUCUGAUCCAAGCCCGCAAGACGAAUGGAGAUGUAGUUCAGAUCCAACAUCCUCAAGAGGUUUUUCCAAAUGAGUCUUUUGGAUCAGCUCUUCCAAGGCCAAGGGUCGUCUCUCAAGAGACGACAUUAAAGGAAUCACCAUCGCCUGAACAACACAGAGAUCUCUCUCCGACACUUUCUGACCCUGACCUACCGCCACACGGCCAACUAGGCAAAAACCCAUAUCGACUCCAUGAUCUAGAAAACGACACCGCCCAGAUUGACUCAGAAGUAAGGAAGCUCAAUUCUUCCGAGCAAAGCCUGGAGACUUCAGAGCAAUAUGAAGUACUCAGAGGUGAAAGCGGGCAGUUCAACCAGUAUGAGUGGGCAAUUCCAUCUGUUACAUGUAUCUCGGAUCUCUCGAAGGCCAAUACUGCACUCUUGAAGGGUAUCAACAAUUGCCCAACAGGAAAGAAGAGUGCUCAGAACACAGGGGAGGAAUUCGAGAAUGAGGUCUACGAGGAGGUCAGAAAUAGUAUCACCGGGAAGCGGCAGCACUUGAUAUAUGGCACGAACAUCGUCAAAAACUGGAUUUGA